GUUCCGUCGCACCUACUUCAGGGGACCUCAGGUGUACCGUCGCUGUCGCUCUAACCUGCCGGAGCUGUUGGGCUGCAGGGCCGCGGGGAGGACGACCUGAAUGCGCGGAGAGGGGCUGAAAUGGACUCGGUGGUCUUUGAGGACGUGGCUGUGAACUUCACGGCGGAGGAGUGGGCUUUGCUGGACCCGGCUCAGCGGAAGCUCUACAGAGAUGUGAUGCUCGAGACCUUCAGCAACCUGGCCUCCGUGGGUUCUUGCUCUCAAGUUAAAACCAGUAGAUCAAGUGCUCAUUGGGAUACUUUGGAGACUGGACUAUGCAGUGAAGAGAAAGUAGUAAGAUUCACAAGAAAUGAUUCCAGGUCUUUUGGGGGAGAAAACUGGGCAUUUCAUAACAUGCAAGAUCAGCAUCUAACUCAGGAGAGGCGUUUGAGAAAUAAUUUGGUGGAGAGUCUCUGUGAAGGUAAAGAAGGUCAUCAAUGUCUAGAAACCCUGAACCAGAUUAUAGAUCUUCCUGUGCAUAAGAGUUAUUGGACUGGAAUUCAGCCCCAUCAAUGCGUUAAGUGUGGAAAAGCCUUCAGGGAUCAUUCUUUCCAUAAGAUUCAGCAAAGAUCUCACCCUGGACACAAACAUUAUCCAUGUGAAGAAUACGGGCAAGCCUGCAGCUGUACCUUGUGCCUAAGCCCUCCCAGGGAAACAGACAUUUUAGAGAAACCUGAAAAACAUCAGGAUGCUGGGAGAGCAUCUAAGAGAUGCGUGAAGAGUGACAGUAGUAAACAGUCUUUAGAGUGUAAGAAGUCUGGAAAAGCUCUCACUUGUCCUUCAUCUUUUCAGGAAUAUGAGAGAGGUCAUUAUGGACAGAAAAUCCACAUGUGUGAAGUAUGUGGGAAAUCCUUCAGUUAUUAUUGCCAACUUGCACGGCACGUGAGAACUCACACUGGAGAGAAACCCUAUGAAUGUAAAGAAUGUGGAAAGGCUUUCACUCGUAUCUCACACUUCCGAGAACAUGUGAGAGUGCACACUGGAGAGAAACCCUAUGAAUGUAAGCAGUGUGGCAAAGCUUUCAGUUGGUGCACUUACCUUCGAGAACACAUGAGAACACACAGUGGAGAAAAACCCUAUGAAUGUAAGCAGUGUGGCAAAGCCUUCCCCUAUCUCAAAUCCUUGCAAGGACAUGUGAGGAUACACACUGGAGAGAAACCUUAUGUGUGUAAGGAAUGUGGGAAAUCCUACAGUUGUCCCAAAUACUUUAGAAAACAUGUGAAAACACACAGUGGAGUAAAACCCUAUGAAUGUACAGAAUGUGAGAAAGCAUUCAUUACUUCCUCAUCCCUUCGAGAACAUAAGAAAACACACAGUGAAGAGAAGCCCUAUCAGUGUCAGCAGUGUGGGAAGGCCUUCAGGUAUCCCAGAUCCCUGCAAGGACACAUGCUAACCCACAGUGAAGGGAAGCCAUAUGAAUGUCAGCAGUGUGAAAAAGCCUAUAGGUGUCUCAUAUCCCUGCAAAGACACAUGAAGACACACACUGGCGAAAAUUAUGAAUAGAAAAACUAUGGGAAAGCCUUCAUUCUCCCUUAAAAUCUUAUAAAUGGAGCAGUCACAGGAGAGAAACAUUAUGAACGGAAAGAAUGUGGGGAAACCAUCAGCACUUCACUUAUUUUAUACUUGAAAACUCAGGGUAGACAGAAAUUUUUAAAUGGAAAUAAGUAUGAUUUUUCCUUUUAAGUGCCUCAUCCUGAAUAAGGAUCCCAGUGUAUUAAUUUCUAGCCCAUGUUAACUGAUCUGAACACUUAAGAUAAUAACUAUGCCUCUAUGUUCCCAUCAUCUUUACUACUUAUGUUUUGUUAUCUUGGACUUUAAAUAGUUAUGCAGUCAUAUAAUACUGUCUCAAUUCCAUUACAAUGUCUUUUGAACCCAGA